UUUGAACAGUACGAUUCGUAAUUUAUAAAGACAUAGUGGGUCGAUAAUCGUCAAUCAACAAUAUACUUUUUUUUGUAUGGUGUAGUAGUUAUACAAGUUGUAUUCGUGAAACAUAAAAAAAAGUGUAAGGAGAGAAGAAAGGAAUAUUUCAAUGAAAAGUCGAAUGAAUUGUGUUUUCUAUUGCGUUUUUGGUUCUGUUCUAUUGUGAGGCGCUUAAACGGCAACAGAAACAUAAAAAGUGUUUUAUAUCAUUUGAGAAUAUAUAUUGUUUUUCCUCGAUUUCGGUCUGGGUGUUCAGGAUGAGUCACUGAACUAGUUCACUCCGCAGAAUUAAAUGAGUUAAAGGAGGAGAGCAAAAAAAAUCGUUAGCAAUUUAAACGACGUAAAGAAGUGAAUUGAAUGGAAUUAUAAGAAGCAAAAUAUCAUAACAUCAGACCCACUGUGUUUGAGACACACAGAGCUAAUUAUAUACGAAAAAGAGCGGCCAUCAGCAUCAUACCUAUGCCUAAAUAAUUGCGUGAAUAUUUUAAUGUAUAAAUAGUUUAUUUAUGAAUGCAUUUGUAGUGGUAUGAAUAUGCAUAUUUUUGAGAAAGUGAUUUAUUGGUAAUUUAAUUUUACCGUUAUUCAAUUCAGAGUGUAAGGUUUAUUAUUGAAAAAAAUAUAUAAAUAUAUUAAAGCAUUGAUGUGUUAUGUAUUCAUGCAUAUAUUAUCUUCGUGCAGUUUUUUUUAUAUUCGUCUUCUUUGUUUAAUACAUUAAAAUGAAAUCAUUUGAUUAAAAAAAGGCAAGAAGAAAAAGGUGAUCAUUUGUGUGAAUAAAAUUUAAGGAGAAAAAACUCUGAAAUCGCAAUCGAUUUAUGGACUAUUUUUUUAGUGGAUUAUUAACGUUACUCAGUUUUUUUUUCUUGGAAUAAAAUUCGGACACUUAAUUGGUCGAAUCACAAUUAAAAAUUUAGAUAACAUCUCACAAAACGGAUAUGGCUGCGCCAAAUCUACUGAGUUGGGGCAUAGAAUGAAAUAUUUUAAUUCACAUUCAGCCUGGGACAGGAGGGAGAUUGAAUUCCGCGAAAUGGAAAGGCACAAAGAGAUGGAUCGCGACAGGAUCGAACGCGAACGACAGCAGGAACGCGAACGACUGGAUAAGCAAUGUAACGCUGAACAGGCUGUGACAAAGCAUUUUGAAGAAUCUCUACGUCGCGCUAAGGAAAAGCAAAUGCGUUCAGCUUGGCCAUUGAAUACUCUUCCGCCACAACAUACAGCCCAGCAUAUAAACCAACAUGGUAUAUUAGCGCACGUGGUCUCUCCGUCGGUUGGAAUGGCCCAAUCUCAAACCAACACAAACAGCCCUGCACAACAGCUGCAAGACGACCGGCGCAGAGCGGAACAUGAUCGAAUGAUGGCUGUAGAAAGAGAACAGCAGGAGCAACAGAGAUAUUAUGUGUCACAAGGAAUUCAGCGUUCGGUGAAAAGCAACGCCACUGACUAUCAAUCGAAUCAACAUCGUGGAAUGCCUGUAGUGCCACCGAAAUCAUCAGAAAAAAGCCAACCAGUAAAGCCUGAUCCAAGUGUAGUUGCUUAUCCCUUAUAUGGAUAUAAUUACCAGCAACAAUACCACAAGGAUAUGAAGGCAAAAACUGAACUCCCAAUUCCGCCUCCACUUAAGUCGGACGUCAAGCAGUCAUCAUCUGGUGUUAUAGUCAAACAUGACACCCAUCGACAGUCGCCAAUGCAGUCAGUUCAUCCUUCUAAAGGUCUACACAAUUCACAUCAAAGUCACUAUAAAACAGUUCCUGGUGGUUCAGUUCAACCAUCGCAUCUCAUGUACGAUUAUAGAAUGCAACCUACGAUUCCUACACCAAAUCCGAUAUACAUUCAGCAAGCACAGCAGCAAGUGGCUGAACAGCAGCAGCAGCAACAACAACAGGUUCAGCAAAUUAUUCAACAACAACAACAGCAGCAGCAACAGCUCCAUCAUCAACAACAACAGCAGCAGCAGCAGCAGCAGCAGCAACAACAACAACAACAACGAAAUUUAGAACAACAAAUGCCCCAUUAUGGAACGUCUCAAAGUAAGCCAAAAGUUUCAUCUCCGGCUCCAACUCACAUUUAUGGUAAGCCUAGUGGUGCGGGCAUUGUUAGCGGCAUUCCGUUGUGUCGUCCAAAUCCAGUCGAACCACCGGUGCACGUUGUUACAAAAUCGGCUUCACCGUCAACAUUUCCUCCGCACGUUUAUGUUCCACCACCAGUUGGUCCACCUCCGCCAGCGCAUUCAUCACGUUCCAUGUACGAUGCUGCUCGCAUGUAUCCAGCGCCAGCUGUCAAACAAACAAUGUCACAUCCAAUGCACGGAACGUCACCUCCAACGGCAACCGCUGCACCUUUACCGAUGUCUCGAUCUCCGGGAAUUAUUAUGUUAGCACCACAACAGAUGCCAAUGUCAAUGUCUUUCCAAACGCAACCACUAGAUUUAGGUGUAUCGGAUCGAAAUCGUGACGACAAUAUUAGUCCUAAACGUAAAGGUACACCAAUGCAUCACCCAGCUGGCAGUCCUAUUGCAUUGGACAUUAAGAAGAAGCGAGUUGAUUCGCCAAUUCAGCAACAAUCAUUGCCAUUAGCACUUAACGUACCAGUCCAUCAACCAAAUCAGCCACAGACGUCUUCACCAAUGUUGGGUGGAACAACAGUUCCUGUAUCGGAGCCACCCACAUCAAUAACACCAAAACCAGCGUCUGAAGCGUCAGGAUCGGAUGUUCCACCGUCACAAAGUCCUAAUAGUAUUUUCAGCGGAAGUUCACAAUCUCUACGAACGAAUUCGGCGGAUGGUGGUGUUCGACCAUGUUCCAGUGCAAAUUCUAGUCCCUCACCAAGUCCUGGAUCUGCACAGAGUGCACCAGCGACUCCUGCUAAACAAUUCCUCAGUGAACAGCCAGAAAAAUCGUCUAGUCCAGCCUUAGGCACUGCACCACGUCAUCUAAAGAAAGCCUGGCUACAAAGGCAUACUGGUGAAGAUUCCGAAGACACAACAGGCAUUACAGCAAGUGGAAGUUGUGUAAAAUUGUCCAUCCCAUUAUCCCCGACGCCAACGACUGAAUCAUCGACAUCCUCUUCAACAACAGCAUCGAAUAGUGCAACAGCUUCCCCACCAUUGGCGCACACUUUUACUAGCAUUGGAACAAUGGCUGUGAAUAGCAUCAGCGCGUCACACAUAACUGCCAAAGCAUCAGCGCCACCGAUUAAGACUCAACCGCCGAUAAAGAAAACGGCAGUCACUAGCAAUGGCAACAAUUCAGAUUCGGAAAACCGACUUGAUGAUAGUUCAAGUGAUGAUCAGGAUCGCAGCAAGGCACCGAAACGAAAAAUUUCAAAGGGCGUAAAGCGACGCAAAGCGAGUGUUCGAAAACCUCUAGAAGAUAAAAAGAAAAAGCCGCCUGUGAGUGACAGCGAAAAAGAUAGUGAUAGUGAGAAAGACACGACAAUGUCGGAAAAAGACAGCGAUAGUGGUACGAGUACGUCACAAGGAAAGAAGCCAACGAAUGGAAGCGGUGCAUCAAAUUCGGGAAAGGACAGGGACUCAGCCCGAAAACGUGGUAGACGACCAAAAGCAUUUAAAGACGAACCAAGAAAAAAGCGAGGCAAUCCCGCUAAAGAUCCAUUUCGUAAGCCACCGGUGGCACAACUGAAAAAAACUGGUGAAUCUUGGUUACAGGACGGUCCCUGCUUUGAAGUUGCACCCAAAUUAGGAAAGUGCAGAGAAUGCCGUUGGACACCAAAUCAACGUUCCAAGAAUACACCAAAUAUUUUCUGUCGAUUUUAUGCAUUUAGACGUCUCAGGUACACCAAAAACGGGUUGAUAGCAACCGCUGGAUUCUCAGAUCCAAACAAGGAUCCAUUGGAAGAUGAUCUCAAAUUGUGGAUGCCCGAUGAUGAAAACCCUGCAAAAGAUUUGGACUUACGUAUGUCUCGGUACUUACUAGCACAGGUUGGCGAUCAAUUCUGUGAUUUGUACCAACAAGAAAAAGACGCAAUGAGCCAUCAUAUGGCGGACGAUAAAGUAAUUGCCUGGAAGCGAGUUGUUCAAGGUGUGCGAGAAAUGUGCGAUGUGUGCGAGACAACUUUGUUCAAUUAUCACUGGGCGUGUGGUAAAUGUGGAUUUGUUGUUUGUCUGGAUUGUUACAAGGGCCGUAAAAUCGGUGACAUGAAGAAAUGGGGAGACAAUAAGAACAACGAUCGUGACGAAUAUUCCUGGCUGCAUUGUACCAACCGCGCUCCUCACGAACAAGAACGACUAAUGUUGACGCAAAUAGUUGCUGGUGAAUCGUUGUAUUCUCUCGGGCGUAAAGUGCACGAAGCAAGGGCAUUAUGGGGAAUUCCGCAAUUUUGUGACUGUCCAAUGAGCAAAGAACAGCCGUCGAAGGCAACGAACGGCGCCUGCAAGGAAUUGAUUCAGAGUCUUAUACGUGGAGAGCCAGUACGAGAAUCCAGCGAGAAUGGAGUGAAAGACGAACCGAUGUCCAAUGGAGUUAAAGUGGAGAAAGACGACGACAAAUCUGCUUUGUCAUGGCUAGCCGAUGUGGCACUGUCCGAAGGAAAAAAGAAUGGCGGAAAGGAUGAAACAUCGAAGAACAAUGGAGAAAAUGAUGAUGACGACGACAAUAGAUCGACAUUACGUGAAUUGUUGAUCAGACCAUCAAGUGGCAACACGAAACCGAAUGGAAGUCGAACCAAUUCUCCAGUGACAGUUGUGAAGCCUCCGAAAAAGAAUGCUGCAGAAGUUGUGGCACAAUUAUCCUCUCCAGCAAAGCCAACAUGGCAAUCCGACGAAGAGGAAAUCCAAAAUAUUGGCCGAAAGUUUUCCUACGUAAACGGUCGGAAGUCUGUACGAUUCAUGCCGUCACGAGUAAUGUUGAUGGCGCAAUCGAAGGCACUUUAUCCCGGUGUGCCUCACACGUGGUUGUGUGAUGGAAAGCUCUUGCGUUUACUGGAUCCAAUGAAUCCUGGAAACUACAAAAUUUUCACCGAACAAUGGAAACGUGGACAGCCAGUGAUUGUGUCAGACGUACUGAAGAAUCUUGACAAAGACUUGUGGCGGCCGGAAGCGUUUUCCCGUGAUUUCGGUGAAGAUAAAAAUGAUCUCAUCAACUGCUUGAAUGGUAACAUCGUACCCAAUCAGCCAAUGAAACGAUUCUGGGAUGGUUUCGACAAUGUGAACAAACGGUUGAAAGAUGAGAAAGGUCAACCAAUGUUAUUAAAACUGAAAGACUGGCCGCCCGGUGAAGAUUUCGCCGAAAUCUUACCGACAAGAUUCGUCGAUUUGAUGCGUAAUCUCCCGCUGGCAAACUAUACACAACGAAGUGGACGAAUGAAUUUAGCCAGCCGUCUGCCUGAUUGUUUUGUGAAGCCCGAUUUGGGACCAAAAAUGUACAACGCGUAUGGGUCCGCCUUGCAUCCAGCCAAUGGCACUACAAAUCUUCAUUUGGACAUUUCGGAUGCGGUCAACGUAAUGGUGUAUGUUGGAAUACCACAGGAUGGACAUACAGACGAUGCACACGUGAAAGAAGCAUAUCGAGCCAUCGAUGAGGCUGGUUGUGACAUAUUGACACGUCGACGUGUUCGCGAAAAACAAGAACUACCUGGUGCCUUGUGGCACAUUUAUGCACCUCGUGAUGCGGACAAAAUUCGUGAUCUGUUGAACAAAGUGGCCAUUGAGCGUGGUGACAAACUGAUACCGAAACACGAUCCCAUCCACGACCAGAGUUGGUAUUUGGAUGGUCCGCUCCGGGAACGUUUGUAUCGCGACUAUGCAGUUGAAGGCUAUCCAAUUGCACAGUGUUUGGGCGAUGCCGUAUUUAUACCAGCUGGUGCACCGCAUCAGGUAAGAAACUUGCACAAUUGCAUUAAGGUGGCCGAAGACUUUGUAUCGCCGGAAAACAUAACACAAUGUUUCAAUUUGACACAAGAAUUCCGUGAAUUGUCCGAUACGCAUUCCAACCAUGAAGAUAAGCUACAAAUUAAGAAUAUUAUUUAUCAUACGGUCAAAGAUGCUGUUGCAUGUUUGUCACAUCUGUUAGGCCAACGUGUCGGCGAAAGUCAGGGCAUUGAAAGUAGUGUCGAUGCACAGAAGGAAGUCAAAGACGAAAAGAUGGAAAGCGAUUGAAUUGGUCGACGGUUAAAUUUCCGUUUUCGGUAAAGUUUAAUUUGAAAUAAUCUACUGGGCUCACAUUGCCAGAAAGACAAAUUGCAGUACAGACUUUCCAGAUGGACGCUUUACAAUACAGACGGAGAUAGAAAUAUCUGACAUUACCAACCAUUGCAUUGACAGGACGUUUAUAUUAAUUGCAUUUCUUUCAAUAUAUUUUCACGUGUCCUCUUUUCGUCAAUUAUUUUGUUAUCGUUUUUUUUUUCAUCGGAAGAUUAAUGAAAGUGUUACAGAUAGCCUGAAAUAAAAUACUGAAUGAAUUCUUUGAGUUUUUGAAAAUAUAUUCGUCGGCAGAUCAUUGCACUUUGUUCUUUGGAUGGAUGCCAGUGGGUAUUCGUGUUCACUUUUGUUUUGUUUUCAAUUAAUAUUUUUUUCACCUAAACGACGAACAUACAUUUGGAAAGUCAAUACAAGUUUCGUGUCCGAGUCUGCCAAACCAUUUCGAUACCUUUUGACUUAUCAUAAAUGAUAUUUCCGUGUACAUAAAGUAACUGUAAGUGAGAAGAAAAGAAAAGAAAAGAAAAAUAUUUUAAAAAAAAUCAUAAAAAGCUUUGUGAUAUAUUUGUGUCCAUUUAGAGUAUACAAAAUAAAAAUCUAGAAAUUUAGGUGAGACCAGAAAAAUUCAAGAAAAAUGUUUUUUCGUCGCAAAACAAAAAUUUGUAAAUAAAACCGUUGAAUGUUGAAGAUGGUGGUAUCAUAUUGUGUAAAUAAGUAUAAAUAAAAUGAAAAUUUAGUUAAUAGAACAAUGUCUAAAAUUGACCUAACAGUACUGUGUAUUAAAAUGAAAAAAAUCCUUUUUCUCUGAAUCGUGCUCUACAAAUGAAAUUUAAAAAUUAAAAAUUAAUUAAAGAAACGCCAAAAUUCAAUUCAACGUCUAGGCCGCCCACAAGCAACACUUUCAUUUCUACAAUAUUUUCUCCCAAUGCUGAUGUUUUCUGUAAUCUGCAAAAGACUUGAAGUUAUCGGGGAAAUAAGUGCGAUCCUUCGCAACCUUUAACUUGAAUACCUUUAAAAAUGUCAUACGACUUCAUGAGGUAUUUCUCCAUUUUUAAAUAGAACCUAGCCCCCACCUCCACACUCUAACAGAGUGACUCUAUACAUAGUCUAUGUAUAGUGUAACCAUGGUGGAAAAAGUGUUAAGACUCUGGCUCGAUGACUAAUUUUGUUUGCUACUAGCAAUAAUUGUAAGUGAUGGGCGUCAUUAACUAGUUCAUUGUCACACAGUUAAUUACUACAUUAAAUUAUCGUAGAUCGCGUGGCGCUCCUAUGCGAAGAGGCACUAUUUAUGAAUAUAUGAACACACAUAAGAAACGUAAAUGAUUUUGCACA